AUGAGUAAAGAGCGCACCGGACUGAAGAUGGACGGGGGCUUGGGUCCCGAAGCCAACAAGACGGCCGAUACCGUUCGUCUGUUGCUCCAGGCCGAGGCGGAAGCUGCAGAGCGUAUCCAGCUUGCUCGAAAAGAGCGCGAGGACCGUUUGCGUCUAGCCGUGUCUGAGGCCGAGAAAGACAUUGCUGCCUAUCGUGAACGGAAGGAAGCGAGUUUUCGACAGAUGCAGGCUGAACUAGCUGGUACAACGGAAGGAUUAGGUCAAAAGCUGCAAGAGAAAGCGGAGCAACUCAUAAACGCCGACAGGGCACGAACCGCAGAGCGACUCGCGACCGCCGUUGACGCACUUGUACAGGCUGUACUGCGCUGUGAACCUGAUCCCUGA